AUGCCGAAGAACAAGGGAAAGGGAGGUAAAAACCGACGUAGGGGUAAGAACGAGAACGACAACGAAAAGCGCGAACUCGUCUUCAAAGAAGAAGGCCAAGAAUACGCCCAAGUCGUCAAGAUGCUCGGAAACGGUCGUCUAGAAGCCCAGUGCUUCGACGGCGCCCGCCGUCUCGCCCAUAUCCGCGGCAAGCUGAGGAAGAAGGUCUGGAUCAACCAGGGUGACAUUAUCCUGCUGUCGCUGCGAGACUACCAGGAUGAGAAGGGUGAUGUUAUUAUGAAGUACUCUGCCGACGAAGCCCGCUCAUUAAAAGCCUACGGCGAACUCCCCGAAAACGCAAAGAUCAACGAGACAGACACGUACGGCGACCAGGGCGACGAGGGCAUCGGUUUCGAGUUCGACGAGGACCGCGACGACAGCGAUUCAGACGAGGCUGACGGCACCGGCAAGAAGGAGAUCGAUAUUGACGACAUUUGA